AAUCGGAUGAUCGAGCAAAACAGAGUGCUGAAUCUGUAAUUAAUUUGGCUAAUAAUGGCUAUUAAUCCUUCUUUAUGAUCUGUCUUUCAAACCCUAAAAGGAUUCUUUCCUCAAUUAAAUAUGAAAGGAGAAGGACAAAGUUAUCGAAUCCGGAGACCACUUGCACAAAUUCUGCAAAAUGUCCCUUCAUUUCUCUCUAAUUUAUUACUUACUUUUGCCUUCUCAGAUUCCCGGACUACUUCAAUAAGUCGCUCUUAAAAAACCCUAAUCUCUUCCUUCCUUACCAUUCUCUACCUCCUUUGACCGACGACAAUCCAAAUGGACGGAUUCGGAUCCGGGUCAGGGUCCCGUCAAUGGUCGAAUCCAAGUGAUCGGAGGCUCGAAAUCGUGAGCGGGAAGAGUUUCGGGAAUGCCAGCCAGAUCUACGUCGCUAAGCCCCACUCGCCUAACCGACCGCCGCCGCAGAUUAAGCCGAGAGAGGUGGCGUCGAAGCCGUGGGGAUUCGGAGAUCCAGAGAUGAAGAGAAAGAAGAGGAUUGCCAAGUACAAGGUGUACACUGUAGAAGGGAAUGUCAAGGCUUCGUUCAACAAGGGACUCCGUUGGAUUAAGAAUCAGUGCUCCAAACUCGUACGUGGAUAUUAAUUAGUUACACGUCGGAUUCGAGUUGAUCUGGUGGUCUCAAAUUGGUGAUGUGGUGAGAUCUUGAUGGAGUGGGUGGCACAGUGAUACCUCUGAGGAGCCUAAAAAGAGGCAAAAUCUGCAAAUUGAAAUUUGUGGGUUGGAUUUUCUUCAAUACAAAAAUAGAUCAUUUUUUUGUUUGUCAUUAGAUGGCUUUAUCUGUGGAUUGAUUACACUAUUACAGAUUGCUUGAUAGGUAGGCAUUUGGUGCCAUUUUUUAUGGUUCAGAGUAGAUUUUUUUUUGAAAUAUCGCUGAGAAAUAUAUUUUCAUUGGAAUCAAAUUUUAAACCUCUAGUGAUACUCAUUUAUACUUCGAAAGUAAUGGUUGUUAUCUGAGGUUAAUAUAACA